AUGACUGUCCACAGUGCAGAGUCGCACGGUCCUAACAGAAUUGUAAUCAUUAUCGUUGGUCUGGGAAUCGCUGGCUUGAGUGCCGCUAUCGAGUGCCAUGGAAAGGGCCAUCAGGUCAUGGUAUUUGAAAAGUAUUCUGACCUUAGAAGGACAGAAGGCGACGGUAUCACCAUUGGAUCCAACGGCGCGCGAGUGAGCGCGAAAUGGGGCGAUGGUGCCUUCCACGAGUUGAUCCGCCCGCUGGAGUAUUCAACCAACAAGCUCAAAGUCUCUGACUACACUGGCUAUUCCUAUGGGACAUUCGAACUCCACGGAUACAACGAGGGUCGAGGGUAUACGAUCAACCGGGGGCAACUGGUGUACGCCAUGAACGAGUAUGCCCGAAGCCUCGGUAUCCCGAUUUUUUUGAAUUCCGAAGUAACGGAAUACUGGGAGACCGAGGAUGAGGCCGGGGUUGUGGUCGACGGGAAACGAAUCUCGGCGGACUGCGUUGUUUGUGCGGAAGGCAUUCACAGCUCGGGUAGAUUGAUGAUUACUGGGCAGAAGAUGGAACUCAAGGAAACUGGAUAUGCGGCCUCCCGAGGGUAUUUGGAUGCUUGUGUGACAUCCCAAGACUCAAAACUAAAUUGGAUCUUGGGCGAGGAAGAAGCUGAAGCCGAGGAUUGUGUUUAUGGAUGGCUUGGCCCCGGAGUCCACUUUGGGAUCACGACCAAAAAGAGAGAAAAUGAGCUCUUUUGGUACUGCUCGCAUAAGGACGCAUGUACUCCUUCGAAAGACAUCGACGGGACCAUCAACCAAAUUCUUGAUUGCAUGGAGGGUUGGGCUGCCCGAGACCAACUCGAGACCGUCAUGAGGAAAGCAAAGAAAGGCCAAUUCGUGUCGGAGACUUUGGCUAUUCGAACACCCUUGGCAACUUGGUUGUCUCCGAAGCGCCGAAUGAUCGUUAUCGGUGAUGCAGCCCACGCCGCGUUGCCGUCCAGCGGCCAGGGUGGGACACAGGCGAUCGAGGAUGCCGCCACACUCGCUAUUUGCCUAGAGUUGGCGGAAAAAAGGGACGUUGCACUGGCGUUGUCCGUCACGGAAAAGUUAAGGCACCAACGCGCCCAGAUUGUGCAACAAGGUGGCUUGGCGGUUCUGCAGUUUGUGAUGAACCAUGUCAAUUUCCAAGCUCUGCGAACGGACCCGACGAUGGUGAAGCCACCGCACCCGGCUUGGAUUCUGGACCAUGACUGCCAGGAGUAUGCCUACCGGGAAUUCGUCAAGGCUGCAGAGGCGGUCCAGAAUGGCGAAGAGUAUGUUCCUCAUAACAUUCCCAGGGAUGGCAAGUAUAGCAUGGAGUACAACAGCCAGUAG